AUGUCACGCCGCCACGAGCAGAUUGCUGAGGCAUUUGAUCACACAUUUCAGUGGAUCCUUCAGGGCGAUCAAGACGAUGUCAACACAACGGAGGGAGCUCAAGUCAACGAUCUGGUAUCACUACAACGAGCAACUAGAACUAAUUUUAUCUCAUGGCUCCGCAGUGGUAGUGGUAUCUUUUGGAUCGAUGGAAAGGCGGGAUCAGGCAAAAGUACUCUUAUGAAGCUGAUUUUCCACAGUCCAGAGACGCGUGUGCAUCUUCGUCAUUGGUCAGGCAGUUGUGAUCUGUUCGUUGGACACUUUCACUUCUUCGAUCGUGGAAGUUCACUCGAGAAGAGCCAGGAAGGACUCAUUCGACAUCUCCUCUAUCAAAUAUUUGAACGAUACCCUCAUCUAAUGAACGAAGUCUAUAAGUCACACUGGGACAGACUUCGAGGCGCCGGCCGCGCCUAUUUGAGAACGGAUCCCACAGCGAAGUAUCUCUAUGAGGCUAUUCUAACGAGGUCGGAAUUAGUUGCAGCUCUCCAAGCGGUUCUUUUCAGCACCAUUGGAAAAGUGAGAAUCUGCUUCCUUAUCGAUGGACUGGAUGAGUUCAAUGGCACUGAUAGAGAAGUCCUCGAGCUAAUGGCGCAAUUAGAAAGUAUGUAUGCUAAAUCUGCCACAUGGCACAAGAUUUGCGUCUCAAGCAGGCCUCAUAUAGCCUUUGAAGCGGCAUUCAGAAAACGACCCAGCCUUAGGAUGCAGGAUUUGACAAAAAAUGAUAUCUACCAUUACGUCAAUAGCCGCCUAAGAUCACAGGAUCUACCCAUAGACCAUCUGGCUCCAGAAGAUCUCGUCCGUUUCGAGACACUUGUUGAUGAUAUUGUCGAGAAAGCACGAGGGGUUUUUCUCUGGGUCCACCUUGCCGUCAUGUCUCUUCUACAUGGAUUAGACCAAUCUGACUGGAUGCAUGAGCUAGAAGCCCGAGUCAGAGGUCUACCACCGGAGCUCGAUACAUUCUAUGACAGAAUGGUCAACUUGAUCGAUCCUGGUUAUCGUUACCAAGCCGCUCGAAUAUUUCGAAUCAUGCUUGAUUCUCCCGAUCCCCCUCAUCCUUUGAUUCUAUCUUUCCUGGAGAACAACAACGAUGAUAUAGACCGGCAUCCGCGAGAAGCAUUUUCAUACAAAGCCUUGAAUGCUCGUGGGAAACAUAUGGAGCAGCGAUUAAGGAGUCGCUUUUGGGGACUUAUUGAGAUUUCCCGGCAGACAACGUCGAUAGCCGACUGGUCAAAGUCUACGACAGCCGACUGGACAAAGUUUAACGCGCUGUUCUUCCACCAAACUGUUCGCGACUACUUCAAACGCCCAGAGCCUUGGAAGAUGAUGCUGGAUGGUAUGACCGUUUCUUGGUGCAGUAUGGAAUAA